AGUUUGUAUAAAAUAUAUCAGAGCGGGAGUCAAAAAAAAAAUCACGUGGCCCUAACCCUCUUCCGUAGAAAACAAACAUUCAGUUUAUUCUGGGUCGUUCACAUGACAGCAGCAUGAACUCACAAACACUGAGCAGCCGAAGUUUCCCGACAGAAGCCGAGGUGCUCCGAUGAGCCGACGGGGGGAGAGUGAGCCUGGCUCCCUCCUCCUCCGUCUCUCUCUCCGCAUCCAUUCCCGGUCAGAGGGUCGGAGGAUGAGUCCGCUGCCCGCCGCUCUGUGACGGAGGAGCCUCAGCAGAACGAACCGUUCACCGGACCGGAAUCUCCUCAGCCCGCGGUGUCGCCAGGUGAGCCAUGCCGUUGGUGAAGCGGAUCAUUGAACCUAGGUAUCUGUGUCGUGGCACUCUGCCUGAUGGGGUCGCCAGUGAGCUGGAGUGUGUCACCAACAGCACCCUGGCUGCUGUCAUCAAACAGCUGGGAGGACUCAGUCGUCAUGCGGAGGACAUCUUUGGCGAGCUGUUCACGGAGGCAAACAGUUUCUACCUGAGGAUGAACAGCCUGCAGGAGAGAGUCGACCUACUGGCAGUGAAGGUCACACAGCUGGACUCCACCGUGGAGGAGGUGUCUCUGCAGGACAUCAACAUGAGGAAGGCUUUCAGGAGCAGCACCAUCCAGGACCAGCAGGUGGUGUCCCGGAGCUCCAUCCUCAACCCGGUGCUGGAGAUGUACCAACGCUGCGACAAACCCCCACCCCUCAACAUCCUGACCCCCUACAGGGAUGAUAAGAAGGACGGUCUGAAGUUCUACACCGACUCAUCGUAUUUCUUUAACCUGUGGAAGGAGAAGAUGCUGCAGGCGACAGAGAACAAACGCAAAGAGAAGAGACGACACAAGGAGCAGAAACAUGUGGAGGAAUCUUCAGGAAGGGAGGUGAAGAAGGUUCGGAAAGCUCGUAACAGGCGGCAGGAGUGGAACCUGAUGGCAUACGACAAGGAGCUCCGCCCAGACGCUCGAGUGACACCGUCACCUUACCACACGUCUGACGGCUCCAUGUCACCUGACAGGUCAGGGAUGUCAGACGACCCCUCCUUCCCUACCAGCCCCCACCUACAUGAUGCCCAGGGGCAUGAUGGGAAGGAUCAUGUCACCGCAGCAACCACAGGGACCGGUCAGACUCAGUCGUUGGACCGCGCUCUCCGACCUGCCCCUGGGUCCUCCGCAGUUUCCGCAACGACCACCCGUCAGCACUCCCUGGGCCGUAACCAACCACACCAUCACCACCACCCACCACCACACACCGGCUCGGCCAAUCAGAACACAGCACGCACCAACGCCACCAAGGAGGCCAAUGACCACCAGAUCCCCCCAGCCCCUCCCCCGCCCCCCCCUGUCGUGCCAUCAGCGGGACAGAUGGGAUUCAGCUCCACCCACACUGCUGCCAUGGCAACACCGCUGCACCCUGCACCCGCUCCUGGUAACCAAGGUGGCUCCGCCCUCUCUCGCCCCUACAGCCCCUCCCCUCCCCCACCUCCCCCAGCUAACUAUGUGCCCUCCCCCUCCCGGGCCGGAGGCCAGGCCCCACCGUCGGCUGCUGCCGCUCCCCCGUUGCCUCCGACAAUGGAUGGCAGGAAGCCACCCGGCGGACCAAACGUGCCGAUGAACGACGCCCGCAGCGACCUGCUGGCUGCCAUACGCAGAGGGAUCCAGCUGAGGAAGGUCCAGGAGCAGCGUGAGCAGGAGGAGGCCAAGAAACGGGAGCCCACAGGAAAUGAUGUCGCCACCAUCCUGUCGCGGCGCAUCGCCGUGGAGUACAGCGAAUCGGAGGAGGAGUCUGAACCCGAGGACCAGGAGUGGUCUGACUGAGGAGGAGGUCUGAUCCGGAUCAGUCCAAAGUCCAGACCGGAAACCAACGGAGGAGACAACCAGUUUCUAAAGUCUGAAAAACAAACAAACACACACUUCAAAACAUUAUUAUCAUCAUUAAUAAAUAUGAUCAGUUGUCACUUACCUCAUUAUGUUCAACCUGCUGGAGGUGGAGCCUGAGUGCCAACAUGUCUGUCCUCUGGACUAGAGUAAGAUCCUGAUCCAGGAUCCAGAGUGUGUGUGUGUGUGUGUGUUCACAGCUGCACAUAAAGGACGGGGUCUAUACAACCUUUAUAUGAGUUUCCUGUGGCGCCCCCCCAGGACUAACUGAGCAUGCUCAGACUGAAGGAUCAGGAUGUGAUGGUCUCUGUGGCCUGUAAGGGGCAGUGACAGGAAGUUGAUUCAGAUGAAGAAUCAGACUCAGGUCAAACUAACGAAGAGACGUUAACGGGGUCAUUGUGGUCCUGGUUCUCCUGAUUCUCCUGGUUCUCCUGAAGGACGGACUCCAGACACGGCUGUUGUUUUUAUUUAUUUAAACAGGAAAAAGUCACAUGAUGUUAAAAAGUCUAAAAACAUCUGAUUGAAAUAUUUCAUCAGUUUUAUAUUAUUGUUUUAUAUUCUUGUUUCCAUGAGUUUGUCUUUAGUAUUUUUGAUAUUUGUGUUGAAUUAUUGAAAUGUUUGAUUGAUUUGACUCUGUUGUAAAUAUUUUCCUUCAACUCGACGUGUUUGACCGACAAUGUUUCGUAGCUGUGAACAUCCACGUGUUUCCUCUUUUUAACGGCUGCUUUCAGCAACUGAUUCGUUAGUUGCUAUGGUAACCAGAGAAGAUAUUCAGACUGACAACGUCUCAUGCUGCUUUUUUAUUCUUUUUGAUUUUUUUCAUUUACGUCACUAACAGACCUGCUGGCGUCCCAUGAUGCAUUUUGUUCUUCUUACAUGAUGUUAUUGUGCAGCAUGAGACUCGUAUGAUGUAAUGAUGACAUCAUGCAGUGGACGGCGCCCUCUGUCAUCAGAAAAAACAUAAAAUGAGGGGGCGUGUACUUCCUGUCCUGUACCAUCUGUGAUUGGUUGUAGAGAUUUAUUGAUCUGUGCUGUGUUCUCUGCUGUGAUUUGCAUGUUGAUGGCAAAAAUAACAAACUGUGAAAGUGUCUUCAAAAGAGAAAACUUUAUUGACAAAAUCAGCUGUGCACUAUGUUUCUUUAUGAUCUGAUUUUAUUCAUCAGUUUGAUUUUUUCUUUUUAUCACGAUUUAACUGCAUUAAUUAAAAAAAGACAAAAAGCU